GGUUGCGCGCCAGGCCAAUCGUGAUGGGCCUUGCUGGCCGGAUUCUCCAAUAGUUUGGGCCGUUAUUAGCGUGCGGCCCCGUUUGAAACGGUUCAGGAGGGAGCGCGGAUGAAGAUGUCCUCUGAUGAAGAGAGGAUUUCCAGCCCUGUACUGCCUAAAGAUUCAGAUCGAGGUAGUUCAGUUUCUUCUGAUCUACAGGAUGAGUAUGAAGAGCUCUUACGUUAUGCAGUAGUAACUCCAAAGUGGGUUUCUGAUUCCCCCAAACAAUCACAUCGUGAAGGAAGUCUUGCAAAAAGCAACAAAGGUUCCAAUGCAGUGCAAAAUAACCAUUCUCUUCAGCAUUUUGCAGGUACAACUUUGGAAGAAAGCCAUGAACACACUUUAAGACAGCAGACUGCAGGCACACAAACAGUCCCAGACAAAACUGAUGCAGCAACAGUAGAAAAACCACCAGAAGACCAGCAAGUUCACCAUAGGACCCCCGUUUCAUCUCUUUCAAAUACAGGUUUGCCUGUUGGACACUUAACCUUUUCUGAAAGAUCCUCUUCACAUUUUCUGGUUUCCAGGAAACCUGAAAUGUCUGACCCAGUAUGUCAGUUACCUAUUCCAGCUGAGAAUCUGGACAGGGUGGAAAAUAUACUCAACACCGCCAGUGACCAACUCAAGACCAAUAUUCUGUCUGAAAUUCGUCAGUGGAGGUUGUCAGUUAUUGAGCAGCACAAACAGGAGUUGCAAGAUGAAAGGAUGAAACAUGAAGCUCAAGUUGCACAAAUGGUCUGUCAGACAGAGAACUUGAACCAGCUAAUUUGCACAUAUGAGGAAUCUGUUCGAAGAAAAGAUGAGGUAAUCACGAAUUUGAUCCAAGGCAUUCAGAAUCUGAAAGAGAAGAUAGAAUUGAUGCGCCGAUUCACACAGUGGCGACUUCAACAUUCAGAAGCAAAAGUGGAAGCAUAUGCAAAUACCCUGGCUGAAAGACACUAUAAAUUCUGUCUGUUAAAAAAAGUGUGUACAGCUUGGAAAUCAGAAAUACAAGCAAAAUGGAAAGAGAGAGUAGAAAGAGCAUGUCAAGCUCGUGCUGAGGAGGUCUGUAUCCAGUUAUCCGGGGAUUAUGAGAGAAAACUUGAUGCAUCUAGGGAGGAACUGGAAAGAGCAAAAGCAGAGAUAAGACGUCUAUUAGCUGAAAAGGACAAAUAUACUGAUUCUAUGAAGAAAGCAUUCAUGCGUGGUGUAUGUGCGCUCAAUCUAGAGGCAAUGAGUAUGUUUCAUAAUGGAAGCAGAAGAGUGGAACAUGGAGAGUCACACUCUGAACACAGAAGAGAUGAUCCAAAUCAUUGUUUUGUCUCUGCACCCCAAGCAGAUGGAGGUUUGGUUGCUCCUAUUUCUACAGCUUUGGAUCCUUCAAUUCCUUUUGAAUCUGAUCGGAUGGUUGCUUUACAUUUUGGUUCUACGAAUGUUGAUCAAACCAGACCUGGGGAGGCGAGUACUCAACCAGUCACUGUUGCUAUGUCAUCUUCAGCAUCAGGGUUUCAAACCACCCAACAACUGCCUCCUGCUAAAUGUGUGACAUCACAGCAAAACACUGGAAAAACCAUAGUGGCACGUUUCACAGGGCGAUCUGACCCAUCCCUGAAAGGAGUUAAAUGUGGAUCAUGCCAGGGAGUGGCACCACCAAUGACUACAGUAUGUGUAGAAAGACAUCAUCCAGUUACACAGCAAACCAUUGGUCAAGGGACGGCAGCCAUGUAUCCUCGAUCAAACCAGCCUCCCUCAGGAGGGAAAGUUGCAAAAUCACCUGCUGUCAUCUGUGGCAUCCAGUCAAUAAAAGUUGUGGACUGAGUGCCUCAUCAACAAAAAUGCCAGAAACCUACAAGAACAUUCUCGAGCCUGAUCCUACCUGUAUACUGAAGAAUACUGGCAUUGGCAUACUAGCAGCUCACUGUUAGAUCAUGUUUAAACUGUUCAUCAGAAACAAUUGUUUUUAAUUUUCAUAAUUAAAACCUAUUCAUUUAAAAAUAAUUGUUUGCCAAAUAUAUUUGAAGAGCCAGUUUUUAGUAUAACUUAGUUCUUGUUCAACUGUACAGUGCAAGCUGUUUUGAUCAUAAUGAGUACAAAUCAAAGUUUGGUUUGCAGAUAUAAUGUAAAUUCUGUGUAAAUGUGUACACUUGAUAUUUUAACUUUUGUAUUGCAAAUUUUUAAUUUGAUAUUACAGUACUACAACAAAUGUACUCCCAAUCACCUUUGUUUUUUUUCAUACUGUGUAAUAAAGAAAUGCUCUUUCUCAAAAGUAAUUGAUAGUCAUUUGGUAGCAUAGGAUUUAAGAAUUGCUGAAAAAAACGCUUUGUACAAGGUAUUCAUAUUGCAUGAAGGGUAUGCCAACUUGUUGGCAACUGCACUCGAAUUGGUGACAGUGAUUCCUUGGAGAUGCAUCAAAUUAUAAUGAUUGACUGUUAACUGCUCUGCUUUCAGUGGUAAGCCAGGCAAGUUGGUUGGUCAUAGUAUUGCCCUAAAAAAUGAGCAAGUAAAUGGCCGUCACUUAUUCUGGUGGAACAGGUGCUGUGUAGAAGUUUGUUCUGUCUGUCUGCAAAGAACAAGACCUUGUGUGUUAGUGAUUCUCUACGUACUGGAAGCUAAUAUUAAUUCACAGGGCAAAUAUGUAUAAACACUGCCUGUUUCAAAACCAUUCCAGUUGAUAGGAAAAAUCUUCCCAUUAGAUUUACGAAGUCAAUUUGAAAUUUUGAAACUUGUGCUUUUAAAUUGUUUUAAUUUCAUCUAAAAGGCUAGAAAAUGUCAUUAUUUAAAUAUGCCAAAAAAGCUGGAUAAAGGUGGGUGAAGAAAUGUCAUGGGUAAACUUGAUAACUUUUUUUAAAAUUGUGAAUUUAGCUAUUUCUUAAGGUGUAAAUACUGAGAAUCAGACUGGUCCCUCAUUUCUGCAUUAUUUGGAACCUUUCUAAAGGAAAUAGAUAUCACAUCUAUGGCCUCCGUCAGUUCCACAUCUAACUGGCUUAUGUGGGUUUCAUUUUGGGUAUAAUCAUUCCCUAGUUUAGACAUGCACCUUUUGAUUUGUUUUAACUUGAGACUAAAAAUAAGUUCUAUCCAAUAAGCAACUGCUCUUGAUGUAUGUGAUCAGAUGAUACUUAUUUGCAAUGUUUAUUUUCAUUCUAUUUGUGGAUAUUAUUUGAUAACAUUUGUUGCCCAUCCUUCAUUUGCUUUUGAGUUCACCAUAGUCUUGACAAUGUGCAUUUCUUUUCUGCAGCAACAAAUAUAGUUGCUUACUGGAUCAAUUCGGACACAGUUGGGUAUCAACUACACUAUUGUGGGUGUGGAGUCACAGGUUGGCCAGUUAAGAUUGUCACUUUGUCUUAAAGCAUGUUAGUAAACCAAGUGGGUUUUCACAAUAUUUGGAGGUAGUUCUGUGUUCACUAUUACAUCAACACCGUUUUCCACUUCUCAAUUAUUGAUCCCAUAUACUAAACCUCGAAUAUAAGAAUACUACAGUAUGGGUCACUGGACCAUUAGUGGGAUAAAAACAGAUUAUGUAUUUGGUCUAUUCCAUUUGACUUCAAAUCUCUCUGUAUUAUCGUUUGCAAGUUAUUGUUGACCACCAGUUCUCUCUGAAGCUUUGUACACUCAAUUUUCAUGUAACAAGCUCCUUUUUGGAAGAAGUAUUAAUAUGGAUGCAUCAUUUUGAUUUGUAAGAGUUUUUAUAGAGGAGCAUUUUUAUAUAUUUAAUGUAGUAAAAUAUCUUGAGAGGCUCUUCAUGAAUGUUAAAUAAAAUUUGUCACAGCCAUCUAGCUAGAAAACCUUGAUCAAGUGGUGAAUUUUAAGUGUAUUAAGAGUGAUGAAGUUUAGCACAGCUGAAUGGCAGUUCUCAAUCUCAUCUUCACACCAUAUUUCAAUACAGGCAAUCAUUCAAUCUGCCUAAUUCAUCAGGGGGGAUAAAAAUACUGGUCCUCCCAUUAUUUUCUGUUUGGUUAUUCGAUCUUCAUAGUUUUGUCUUCACUGUUUCAUUCAGGGCUCUGUGUCUCGUUCCUUUUCACCAAUGUAAUUCUCGCUUUCAGAGAAGCAGUUCCAAAUAGUAAUGAUGCAUCAAAUUGUCAAAUUUCUAACUGCACUGAAAUGGCAUCCUUUUUGUAUUUGCAGUAA